GCACUCUCAUUUCAACGGUGGUUUAAAUGAGCAAACCACCCAGCGCUAGUUUCUGCACACUGCUGAAUGCAAUGGUUCAAGUCAUUGCCAAAAGAUUUCCCGCUUCACUUCUGAACAGUCUUGCGCCACAUCAGUCCGUCUGAAUGGCUGACGAUAGGGGCUAUGUCAUCCUUGCCUUGGUCGGUAGCCUACUGCCCGUGGUGACUGGAGUCGUGGGUUUGCGUUUCUACACCAGAGCGUCUCUCGUCAAGUCGAUCGGUCACGAUGAUUGGGUCAUUCUUCUCGCCCUGUUCUUUACGCUCGCGACAGGCAUUGACCAGGCUGUUAUGACAACCUUGGGGCUAGGACAACAUGCUUCUACCAUUUCCCCCAACGGCUUGGAGAGAUACACCUUUUGUUUCUGGCUCUCCAUCCUGUUCUACUACUGCAGCUUGGGUUCCAUCAAGCUUGCUCUACUUCUGCAGUACAAGUCACUGGUUUCCGUGAAAUCAAAGACGCUGAUACUCGUCGUCACGAUCUUGAUCUCAGCUUGGAGCGUGUCACUCAUCCUAGUGUCGAUUUUUAACUGCUCUCCGGUGUCCGGGUUCUGGAGACAUGACAUUGGGGCUACUUGCAUUCCUACUCUGCCACUCUGGUAUGUUAAUGCGGCAGGAAAUAUUCUGACGGAUCUGAUAAUAUUUUCUCUGCCCAUCCCAUUUGUGUGGAAGUUGAACAUGCCUUACUCGCAGCGAUUGUCGCUGCUCUGUGUGUUCUGCCUUGGUUUCUUUACAUGUGCCCUAUCCGUGGUCCGAAUCGAGUUCCUGAACCUAGGGGAUGACCCGACUUACAACAACGUAGCACCUGCCGCAUGGUCAUUUGGAGAACUCUGUGCCGGUGUUACCACCGCUUGCCUACCUACCUUACGGCCCCUUCUCUUCCGAGUGGUGAUCCCAAAGCUAUCGUCAACGACCGCCUUCUUGAGUCGCAAGACGCCACUACGCAGCAGGAGUUCCUUCCGGUCAGCUUCGGGUGCUGCCGUGGAAGACGUCGAGGCUGGGCUGGCGAACGGUGCGUGUGAGAUGGCAGUGACUAGCAAACAUAUGGAGGAAGCCAUGGACUCUCCCGUAACUACGAAGCAGGAGUUUCGGAACGCAAUGUAGUUGCACGGCGGUUUCGUUCCUCUGAGCCUAUCCACCAGCACAUGAAUAAUGAUAAUACUACUGUAAAA